UAUAGUUUCGUCAGUGGCUUUCAAAAUUGAUUGCUUUAUGGUCGCAAUAUGAUCGCAACACACGUCAAAUAAUAAUGUCAGAUGUAUCUCUACAUGUAUCUCUGGAUGUAUCAUCUAACGAAAAUAGUGUAAGCAGGGAGCGUACCCUUUCCGAGAGCAAAGGAAAAAUCCAGAAGUUCCGUAUUAACACUUACGAUGAAUUCCAGACCUCUCUGGACAAGUACGGACACUUAGGUUUCCUUUUUCUGUACUUCACCGGUUCAGAGCUCAGUAAGGAUGGUUAUGAUUGGUGUCCCGAGUGCAGUGAAGCAUUACCUAUAAUAGAACAGGAGAUAGAUAAUGCUUGCAACGUGGUUUUCUUUUUAGUUGAAGUAGGAAACGAAGAACAAUGGCAAUGCAAAGAAAAUCCAUAUAGGUCCCAUCCGAAUUUAAAUUUAAAAGUAGUACCAACGUUUAUGAAAUGGAAUAGUCACCGAAGACUGGAAGGAGACUACUGUGCUAAAGCAGAAUUGGUACAGCUUUUAUUCGAAGACAAUUGUAGUUUUUAACCUUUUAUAGAACUAAAUAAUAAAUUAAUUAAUAAAUUACGAAAAUAAAU